CUCGUUGGUCUUUUUUCUUUGUAAUAUGCGCUAUGAACCGGUUGAAUACACUUAGGCAAUGCCAUAAUGUAAUUCUUUUGAUGGAACUUUAGUUGUUGACCAUCACCUUAAAUAUUACUUAACUCUUUUGGACCAAUAGUAUCUAAUUAACUCAAAUGAUAGUGCAGUUGAGCAAAUGCAGUGGCGACGAUGACUGCUUUGCGUUUAGCUUUUAUGAUACCAAACUAGUGAGAGUGAAAAAUUAAAUCGAUUCAUUCAAUAUGAGAUUGUUUUACAUAUUUCUGGUGUAUUCAGUAGCUGCAACGACGCCACACGAAAGUAGGGGCGAGGAAAAUUCGCAAGAGAAAAAAGCUUCGAUCCCGUUGUCAUCCCUCGGGAAUUCUAACAUAACCGUAUAUUUUGGAUACGCCAACAACCCGUUUGGGCCAUCAGUACGUUUCGGGCGCGGAAACGUAAACGACUCCCACUUAGAAUACGUUGAUGAAUCUCCAGGAAACAGUAACAGCAGCGCCUUCAACACUGACGCUGAUACUGAAGAAUAUAAUUUUUCAAACCGAAGAAAAAGAGGCGUGAUUCAUCUCUACAAUAUGAUCAGUUGCGCUACAGGAUGCGAUCCCUUAAUUUAUAAGGGCUACGGAUGCUAUUGUGGAUUUUUGGGUUCUGGAUACCCAGUAGACGGAAUUGACAGGUGCUGCAAGAAACACGACCGAUGUUACGAUGCAUCCGAUUGUCCGACAUUUUUAGAAUAUUUUAUUCCUUUUUACUGGAAAUGCUUCAACAAUAAACCCAUUUGUGGGAAUGCAAUAGAUAAUGAUGAAUGGAACGAUGCAGGAUCGUGUGCAUAUAAAAUAUGUCGUUGCGACAAGAUGCUUUCCGAAUGCUUAAGUAAAUAUCCUUGUCCAUCCUCCAGAGCACUCUGUCACUCGUCUCCAGUACGACUGCUCCAAAACGCACUUAUGGUGCCGUAAUUGUCAACGUUCGUGCUUAAAAUUUU